UGAAUUGAAAUGACUCUCGAUAACGAGUACUUUGAUAUAUACACGUCCCUCGAGGAAUCGCACUCACGCGACACAGGUGACCUCUCCCCCAUGCCCUGUACGUGGCGAGUCCUUUAUCGUCGUCAUGGUCAUGAAACGGAGUAGCCAAACAGGAAUGAGGCAAGGAACGGCUGCCAGCCGUUUGGAGCAAUUCCGGAAGAUAAAUGUUGUGCACAUUACUUGUCUAAAGUACAUUGGCUUAUGGGCUCUCGAUUCAAAUGCAUCCACGUUAUUGAAAUGCUUAUACUAUGUGUACAGCAGAUGUGUCCUAGCGAUCAUACUCGUCUUCAUGAUAACUUUGUUCGCUGAUAUAUGUCUGAGUUUCGACGAUCUCUCGAUCGUCACGGACGACGGAUGCAUCUUCGCCGGGAUUUUCGUCGUAUUCUUCAAAGUGAUGAUUUUCCAAAUUCGCCGUGAGCAGAUCGCACGAUUGCUAUGCAAAACUAUUGACGGCUGCAAAGAACUCUGCAAGUUUCCCGUUGGCGGUGAGGACAAAAUCCUGGGCAAAUACCUGCUACUUUCCCGCGUGAGCAUGUACGGGUUUAGCGUCCUCGGCUUCUUCCUCGUGAUCGCUCUGCUGUUCCUUGUGCCCGUGGAGAACGGGGAACUCCCGGUCAGGGCGCGGUACCCCUUCGACACGACCGUGUAUCCCUGGCACGGGAUCGGCUUCUUCGUGGAGGCCUGCGCCGUCUCCGUCGGCAUGGCCGCCAUCAUCGGGAUGGACAGCCUGAACACGAAUCUCUGCAAUCUGUUUCUCGUGAAGCUCGAGAUUCUGAACGCGCAUUUCGAGAGCUGCGGCAACGACGACCGGCACGACGACGCGACGACGCCAGACGUCGAUAAGCGAGACGGGGAUUCAAGCAACGCCGGUGGAAGAAACGGGGUAGAAACUUGUUACGGGAUAUUUCCUACGGCUGAGGCCAGCUGCGGAAAGGAUAAUUACGAUCCGGACGCGAUUCGCCGCGGCGGUUUCGCCGAGCGGCUCGGACGAUCCAUCCGCAAUCAUCAACGUCUGCUCGCCAUAAUAGACGACUUCAACGAGCUCUUCAGCGUCGGCAUGUUCGUACAGAUGCUCUCGAGCACCACGAUGAUUUGCCUAACCGGCUUCCAAGCCACAUUGGUCAUAGGCCAGAGCUCCAACACCUGCAAAUUUUCAAUAUAUCUGAUGGCGGCCCUUUCGCAGCUCUUCUAUAUCUGUUGGCAAGGAAACGAAGUGAUGUAUCAGAGCGCGUCGUUGACGCAAAGCCAGUGGCUCUCGAAAUGGGACGACGAGUUUUCCACCAAGAUUGGACGCCUGCUAAUACUGUCCAUAAUAUUUUCGAGACGUACGAUUAACUUGAAAGCAGGUGUAUUCUACGUCUUAUCUAUGAGGACAUUCAUCACGAUUCUGAAGGGUUCGUACUCCUUUUUCGCUCUGUUGAACACCAUGCACUCGGAAGUCGAUCAGUAA